AUGAAGCUAAAAGAGGAUUUGAACCCCCUGUUACUGCAGGUCUUCCGCUCUGUGGUCUGGGUCUACUCCUUCAUCACCUUUAUACCCUGGUACUUCUUCUCUGGAGCCGGCUCUAACCUUGAGCGGGCUCGCCGUCUCAAAGCACGCUCAAUCAGUGGGUAUCCAGCGGGGCCUUACAGGGCCAUCAACAGCCAGCAGAAGCUGGUGGCAUGGCUGCACCCUGGGGUGGACACCAUAGACAAAAUGUUUGAAUACGCUGCAGGGAAGUUUCCAGAGAGGGACUGUUUGGGUACCAGGGAAGUGCUAAGUGAGGAGGAUGAGAUCCAGCCAAACGGCAAGGUCUUCAAGAAGGUGAGAGAUACAACCGUGUUCCCACCACACAAAGAGAUGGAAAAAUAAGGACAAAAAAUGGUGUAUGUUGUACAACUAUGAACAUGAUCCAGAAAUGUCAGCAACUGCUAAAGAGGAGAGGGGCCGCCUGGCUUAUAAUCAGAAAAAGUUCUGAAUCCAGUAUCUAUCAUGACAAGGGGAUACACAGAUUAUUAAUGCUGAAAAUUAUAUACAGGUUUGGGAGCAACAUAUGCUGCUAUCCAGGUAAUGUCUUAUUCAAGGAAGACCUCAUGUAUUCCAGCAAGAGAAAGCCAAACCGCAUUUUGCAGUUAAUGAUACAACAGCAUCCCUAGAUAGAAGAACAGCCAGUGUGCUAAACUGGCCUGUCUGUGAUCCCAACUUGUCACCCACUGAAAACAUUUGGCCUAUCAUGAAACAAAAUAACACAAGUACAAGUCUGCAAUAUCUGAUAGCUAUCUUGAGCUUGAUCUGUCUGCAACAAAUUAUGAUCAAUAUAGACGUCUGCUACAUGUUUUUAUUGCUAAACGCUUAUAUGCCAAUCGAUGAAAUUGGGUUUUGAUAUGUCGUGUUAGUUUCUACCUGUGCAUUCGAUAUCUUGAAGGUUUUUGCAGCAGUGGCAAAGAUAUAUGCAAGACAGUGGGUGGUACAUCUCAUCACAUGUUUCAGGGAGUACUGAAUCUGUAGGAUGACAGGAAGUGUUCUUGUGCAUGGUGUGUGUGUGUAUGUGUGUGUGAGAGGUCUGCCGCUGUGCACAGUGUGAGGGAUGUGGGUGGAGGAGCAGCAGAGAGAGAGCCUCAGCCGUUUGUCUCACAGCUGAGAACUGCCUCAUUAGCACUUGCGUUGCCAUAAUAGUCCUGUAGAUGGUGCUAAGUGACUGCAUAUUAAAGAUGAUGUUUGACUGGCAACAGCGUCAUCGCCUUCUCGAAGGCCUUUUCAACAAAAACAGAUUGUAUGUGCAUUCAUGUUCCAGGUUAAUUGGUGUAAAAUGUGAAUAUAAUCCUGAUUAUUUCAUAAACUUUUGCAUGUUUGUUUAGGUUAUUCUCGGGAACUAUCACUGGUUGACGUACGAGGAGGCGUACCAGGCAGCAAAGUGUUUUGGCAGUGGUCUGGCAGCUUUGGGACAGAGGCCCCAGUGCAACAUAGCCAUCUUCUGUGAGACCAGAGCUGAGUGGAUCCUUGCAGCACAAGCUUGCUUUAUGUACAACUUCCCCUGUGAGUGACAGAAAGCCGUGCAACAAUAACAAGACGAUUCCAGACCCAGAGAUGAACUGAUCUGCAUUAACCUAUUUUUGUUUUAAUCACGUAGUGGUGACGCUGUAUUCCACUCUUGGACCCACGGCCAUCGCUCAUGGUCUGAACGAGACCGAGGUCACACACAUCAUCACAAGUAAAGACCUGCUUCAGGGCCGUCUCCAGGUACCUGCUCUUCCUGAAAUGGGUGUAACAAUAAGGCUUGAUAAGAAGCUCGGCUCCAUUUGCAUAAUUACUUUUUAACUCUUUUUCUCCCUCUUCAGGCCAUCCUGUGUGACGUACCCAGACUGCGCUAUGUCAUCGUAGUUGAUAGUAGACCCACCAGCUGGCCAAACAUUCCCAGAGGCAUUGUGGUGCUCAACAUGGAUGCUGUGAAAGAGAUGGGGUCUAAGCCUCACAACAGUGAGUGUUUGUGCAGUGUGAUUAAAAAGGUUUUUCUAAUUUGAUCAGGAAAUGGAGGCGCACUGAUUGAGACUUAAUACAAAGCCAACACCCUGAUGUGUAAUUAAAGUGAUGUGCUGAGCAUGACAGAAACACAUUAGACUGAACUCACAGAACACCUGAAAUCACAACGACAUUGGUCUGCUUUUUAUAAACCAGACAAUCCUCCCAUGUGAUGGUGUUGGAUAGAGAAAAACAUGAGACAUGUUUAAAAAAGAUUGAGACAUUUUAGGCCAAAUGAUUUAAGCUACAAAUCUGAAAAGGGUAGUUAAGAGUAGGGGUGUCCCGAUACAACUUUUUUUUUUAACUUCCGCUAUAAUACCGAUAUUGUUGCCUUCAUUAUUGGCUAAUACUGAUAUUGAUCUGAUGCAACGAGAACCACCUGUAGAGAACUGCAACAUCUUUUUUGGAAUAAAACGAAGUGCUUGUAUCAGAGAUUUUAGAUGCAGGCCGAUAUAAUCUGAUAAUCUUUUUUUUUUUGCUGAUAUCGAACCGAUAUAUGAUAUCAAUAUCAGAUCGAGACAUCCAUUGUUAAGAGUGGGACAAGGAUAGAGAAUUGUGUUGGGUUUUUUAGUAACUGAUAGAUACCCACCUGAGUUUAUGAAGGUGAGUAAAGCCUCUUUAUCAAGCAAGUAUUUUUUUCUUUUUCGUGCUUUAUACAAAUUCCAAAAGUUCAGACAAAAAGUAAGUACAAUCAUCUGUCAUAACAAGAGGAAGGAAAUACAUCUGCUAGAAAGCUGAGACGCUGAUUUUAAACCUGAAAAACCUUGUGCCGAUGAAUACUGAAGGCCCGAGUUAACAGUCUCCCAGGGUGAUGCUUUCUGCAGAGCUUUGUGUGCAGUGGAACAAUAGAAGCAAAGUGCAGACCAAGCUCCGGUCUUGAGAAAUGAAGCUCAUAGUGUUGAAAACUGCAGCUGCUCAUGUGUCACUUGUAGCUUGCUGUUAAAGCACUUGAAGUCACAGACACCCUCAUUAGAGAGAAGCUAGUUUACAGCGAAAAUAAACAUGUUUACAACACGGUUUAAAAACUGAACAUGGUCUGAUAAGCUCAUUUCUUCAUCUGAGCACACUGUACAGGGGGUGACAUCUUUAUCACUUUUUAGUUUUGAAGAUACCAAGGUUGUGGUUUUGGCAUUUUCAGGGGCGUAGCUGGCUUGACUGACAGGUAGGCACACUAAAGCUGUUGCUAGGGAAGCUAAAGGCCUGUCCCACCUCUUUACCUCACAAUAGGUCGACUGAAAGUCAGACUGAAAAAGCAUUUUUAACUUGUAAACGACUUGUGGACUCUUUAUUAAAUUAAUUAUAGAGUAAUAUUGUUUAUCCAAGAACCUAUGCUGCUCAAAAUAAAGCAAAUUGGAAAAAAAAACCAACUCCACUUCCUCACUUACCAUCACUCAUCUUCUCGUCUUUCUCUCCAGUCGCAGUCAGCCGCAAAAAGCCGGAGCCCUCGGACAUCGCUGUCAUCAUGUACACCAGCGGCUCCACAGGCAUCCCCAAGGGUGUCAUGAUCUCUCACGGCAACAUCAUCGCUGGAAUCACCGGCAUGGCCGAGCGGAUUCCUAACCUCAAGUAUGCCAACAUCUAUUCUCCCUCUGACACAUCUGACACUUCCUCUUGUUCUUUUCUUGUCUUGCCUGAGAAACAAAGACACCGUUGUAUAUUUAUGUCCCUCCUAACCGUAUCCACUUUUCUCCUCUGUCUAUGGUGGAAAAUUAACCUGCUGUUAUUUUGGUGCUGACAGUGAAACAGACACCUACGUUGGCUACCUGCCACUGGCUCACGUCUUAGAGCUCAGCGCUGAGUUGGUGUGUAUCUCUCAUGGCUGUCGCAUCGGCUACUCCUCCCCACAGACUCUGGCUGACCAGGUCAGUGUAAAAAAGCACACAAAUGCACACUGUAAUCCUAUCAUGCAAAGAGUUAGGACUACUCUGACAUAUGAAAUUAUCAUUUAUAUCAGUGGUUCUCAAUUCCAGUCCUCGAGCCCCCCUGUCACACCUGAUUCAAAUGAUCAGCUCGUUAUCAAGCUCUGGCUUGAUAACGAGCUGAUCAUUUGAAUCAGGUGUGUUGGAGCAGGGAAACAUCCAAAACAUGCAGGACAGGGAGGGCUCGAGGACUGGAUUGAGAACCACUGAUUUAUAUAUUUAUUUAAUCUAGGGGUCUCCUGAUACGAUUUUGAUAUUGGAUAUCAGCAAAAGAAACAGAAUAUUUGGUUAUAUCAGCCUGCAUUUAAAGUCAGCGAUAUCAGCACUCCGAAACAAGAAACAAACAAAGUAGCAAGGAGUAAGAGUGAUGUUGGCCUCAUGGCAGAAUUUUUUGUUUAAGUCUGAAAAAGACAUUGCAGAGUAGUGAAAAACCUCUCAAGCACAAUUUUGUGCCAAUAUCGGAUCAAUAUCAGUAUCGGUCAGUAUUGAGAAAUAUCGGUAUCAUAUCAAAAGUUAAAAAGUUGCUUCAGGACACCCCUAAUUUCAUCCCUCCCAAUUAAAUUCAGGAUUCAUUUUAUGUUUGUAUGAUCAGAUAUGAAGCUCUGCAUGGUCGGGUUCUUCCCUGAUUUGCUGGCUAAAGAUGUGCAAUUAUUUUUGUCAUUUUCACAGUCCACCAAGAUAAAGAAAGGCAGUAAAGGAGAUACCACUGUGCUGAAACCGACACUAAUGGCUGCUGUACCAGUAAGUGUUUUAAUCCCCACACAAACCAGUCCACCUUUAUUUUUAUGGCCUCUACCCGGGGAUGCAGAAUGCUGUAAAAAAUGACUCGAUAAUACCUUUGUUUUUGUUUUUUUCUGAUUGCUAUUAGAGUAAGAAAUGUGUUUUGCAGCUCACACACAUAUGUGACAGAUACACAAGCAUCCUUGUGGACCUGUUGAUGUCAAACUCUCAAGCAGAGCUGUGCGAAUGUUCAAAAGCACACGAUGUACAGACUUUGUGUCAUCUGCAAGAAGUUGUAAUUUGACAUAUUUCAGUGAAUUCGCUGACAUCCUCCUGAUCUGUUGUUCCUUCUCACUCCUCUGUCUCAGUUUUAAUGUCGGGUCAAUAAAUCACGCAGUCCCUCCGUCCCUCAAGAAUCUUUUAAACCGCGCUACAGUCCAAUAAAGCCAAUAAAAAGAGGUCAUUUUUCCUCCCCCUGCUCUUUGUAGGAGAUCAUGGAUCGAAUCUACAAGAAUGUGAUGACAAGAGUGGAGGAGAUGAGCCGCCUCCAGAAGACGCUCUUCGUGAUGGCUUACAACUACAAGAUGGAGCAGAUCUCUAAAGGCUACAGCACGCCCCUGUGCGACAGGUAAUACAUGCGUGCUGUGUACUAAUGUUGUACUCAUGUCUAAAUCUUCUGUGAUAUCUGAGCAAACAUUAACCUCUGUUAGAACACGGCUAAUGAUCAGACUAGAGUCCCCACAGAAGGUGUAAGGAUGUCUUCUCUAACGUUUAUAAUCAUUGCUUAGUAUUGAUUAUGAUACUGUGUUUGCACAGAGGAUUCCUCAGUUUGUCAAUACUUUGGCGCUCUACAAAGAUUAAUGGCGGACUUUGACACAUGCCUAAUAUGCUGAGAUUUUUCUCCUCCUCUUCCUCAUCCAUCUCAGAGUGGUGUUCAAGCGGGUGCGUGCACUCUUGGGAGGAAACACACGGGUGCUGCUUUCAGGGGGAGCUCCUCUGUCUGCUGCCACACAGCGCUUCAUGAACAUCUGCCUGUGCUGUCCUGUGGGGCAGGGCUACGGCCUGACUGAGACCUGUGGAGCAGGAACCAUCAGUGAGGGUAAGAGAGUGGGUUUUACAAGGAGAGGAAGUCAUAAAGUGGAGCUGAAUGCUAAGAUUGCUCUUUUUGUCUGUUUUUUUGCAGUUUGGGACUACAGCACAGGGCGUGUUGGCGCUCCACUGGUUUGCUCAGAGAUCACACUAAAGGACUGGGAGGAGGGUAAGUCAAUGCUCAACAAUCGGACCCUGUUAGUGAGGAAUCAGUGCAUUCAAUUUCCGCUGCUAAUGAGGUUUGUGCUUCUGUAGGUGGUUACCACAGCACAGACAAACCCCAUCCCCGGGGGGAAAUCGUGAUAGGAGGUCCCAAUGUUACGAUGGGUUAUUACAAAAAUGAAGGCAAGAAUGGCAGCGACUUCUUUGUGGACGAGAACGGCCAGCGGUGGUUCUGCACCGGAGACAUCGGAGAGUUCCACCCAGACGGAUGCCUCAAGAUCAUCGGUAAGAGAUGAUCCUCAGAGCAGUGCACGUGUGUGGUACAAGCAAAGAUAGCAAAAUCAUGCUCAUUCUUCAGCCAAAUGAAAGUGCAGGUACUUUUUUGAGAGGUCAUGGUGGGAGCAGAAGUCUUUUAGUAAAGAAAUGGUUCUGAAAUGAACCAGUUAAAAGCAGCUCUCUGAAGGACAUCUUUUGUUUCCUGUUUUCAGUACAAAAUGAACAAAUCAGGUUGUAUUAGUAAGACUAUUGACCCUAAGAUACUCAAACCAAAGAUGAAAAAAUAUCAGAAUUUUUUGAAAAUGACCUCUGCCCUUAUGUGAAAAAUAGUUGGAUGGAAAAUGUGCCUCUGUGCGUGAUUUGUGCCAAGAAAGUUGGGUUUUCCAAUUUCAGAUCUGAUUGGUUCUUUUCAUGAUCUUGUAGUGGGGACAGCCCACUGUGAUACCAAAUAAAGAAUACUUCUUUUUUGUUUUUCUAAAUCUUAAAGCUAAACCAAACAAUUCUCAGCAUUUUACUGGAAGAUUCCUGACAGUUUCCUGCAAAAUUACAUAGAUUCCUGAAGAGCUUCCAGGUAUAAUUCCUGAAAAACUUCUAAAAGUUGAAUGGAAGAUUUCCAAAUUCUGUGAGAAACUUUUUAGAGUGACUUUUUCAUGGCACUUUCCAGAGUAUACCCACAAAUGUUUGGGGACUUUCUCAGAAACUCCAAGCAAGUAUCCAGAAACCUUUCAGGGAAUUUUCAAUCUUUUGUUUUAGGUAUUCAUACUCUGUUGGUCCCCAUCUGUGGGAAUAAGUGAGUGCUGUUCAGAUUUGGACAUGUGUUCUCUUUUCACAGACCGUAAGAAGGACCUGGUGAAACUGCAGGCAGGCGAGUAUGUCUCACUGGGAAAAGUGGAGGCUGUUCUGAAAAACUGCUCGCUCAUAGACAACAUCUGUGCCUAUGCCAACAGGUAAAAUCCUGCGUUCACUUUUGCUGAAACAUGUUCUUCUUGACUUUUGACAUAAAUUCUCAGCUUGAUUUUAAAUGCAGGCCAACUGUUGACACCGCUAUAUCAGGCAGUGUCUACAUUUCUUGACUCCUGGAUCCUUUUUUUCCAGUGACCAGUCAUAUGUGAUCAGCUUUGUGGUGCCUAAUCACAAGCAGCUGAUGGUGCUGGCCGAGCAGAUGCAAGUGAAAGGCACAUGGGAAGAGAUCUGCAACAACCCUCAGGUGGAGAAAGAGGUCCUGCGCGUUAUUACCGAGGCUGCUGUAUCAGGUAGGGAGUGAAGCCUUUCUAUGUUUUUCAUUUAAGCUCUGUCUGUUUGUUCACUCUUGGAAAAUGCCUUCAAGAUUUGAGCAAGUUUUGGUCGAAGACAAGUGUGACAGCAUCUGCCUAAUAACACUGUCCUUCCGACUUGUGAUUCUUCUCUUUGCAAACCAGCGAAACUGGAGCGAUUCGAGAUCCCCAAGAAAAUCCGUCUGAGUUCCGAGCCGUGGACGCCAGAGACCGGCCUGGUGACUGAUGCUUUCAAACUGAAACGCAAGGAGCUCAAAACACACUACCAGGAAGACAUUGAGAGGAUGUACGGGGGGAAAUAA